CCCAUCUAUUAACUCGCCCACCAUGGCUGACACCCACGUCAAGUCACACCCUGAUUACAAGCACUUUGCAUCCAUCCCAUGGUGUGCCAAAAUCCUCAGCCAAUGUGACACUUCGUCCCACGUGGUGCAAGUCUCUCAAAACAGAACUGUCCUCCCUACAAGAGAGAACACAUACGUCGGCGGAACUCUCAACACACCAGACACAAUCAAAGCCUGGUUGAUCAUACACCCCAAGCCGCAAGGCCCCGAUUGGAAGGUCGAUGAGUUGUGUUCUCUCAUCACCUUUGACCAUGGCAUGAUUGGAUUUCCCGAGACGGCUCACGGAGGCGUUGUUGCCUUGGUGAUGGAUGAAGUUACGGGCAUUCACAUUGUAGCCCAGAGGCCGGCAGGAACAGAGCCCAACAAAGACUUCAGAACUGGUUACUUGAACACGUCAUUUCGAAAGCCUGUUCCUGCGCCGGGAACGGUGCUAGUGAGAUCGAGGAUAGCCAGGGUUGAGGGCCGGAAGCAUUUUGUUGCGGCGCAAAUGGAGAAUGAGAAUGGUGAAGUGCUUGCAACAGCGGAAGUCUUGUAUAUCUCAAUUAAGAAUAAAUUAUGA